UAAUUAACUUCCUGCGUGCUUAGGUAUCGAUUUCAAACAGAAACUCAUCAACUUGGAUGGAGUGCCAAUAAAGCUACAAAUUUGGGAUACAGCAGGACAAGAAAGAUUUCGAACGCUAACCACAGCUUAUUAUCGCGGAGCAAUGGGCAUACUACUGAUGUAUGAUGUGACGAACUUGGAGAGUUACAAUAACCUGUCAUAUUGGCUGCGAAAUAUUCAAGAGAACGCGUCACCGGAUGUUGUCAAAGUCUUGGUUGGCAACAAAUGCGAAUGUUCGGCAACGCAGCGAGCGGUUGAAAAAGAAAGAGGCGAAAAAAUUGCUGAAAACUUCGAUAUGCCAUUCUUUGAGGUAUCCUGCAAAUGCAACAUAAACAUUGAGGAGGCUUUUCUAGCAUUGGCAAGAAAAAUCCGAGAACAGCGCGAACGCCGGGGUGAUAAUUUUGAUAACGACGAAAAGACACAAGACAAAAAAUCGCCCGGUUCCAACGGCUUAGGUACAUUCAGCUUGGCCAGCUUGUCCGAAGGCAAUCGUUGCUCCUGCUAAGCCGAACGGAAAUAUUCCACAUACUCCUAAGGAACAAUACGUCCAAUAGAGUGCUAUAGUGGAAUACUUCCAUGCAUACAUACAAACAUAUGUAUGUAUAUGUACGCCUAAGUAUACAAGUACAUACCACUGGGCGGGCAAGUGCAUU